AUGUGCUUAUAUGGAGGUUGUGCUUAUAUGUUCAUAAUAGCUGUUUGUGAAGAAUGUGGAUUAGCACAUUAUGAUAAAAUUAUUGAUACCAGAUCCGAAUGGCGUACAUUUAGUAAAUUUCAUGGCAAGGAAGAGAUUGAGUCAAUUUGUCAUUCGAUGGAUUUAUCCACGAAAAUCAUUGAGACGACCAAACAAUUAGAUUAA